UGCAUUUUAAGCCUUCCAUUAUGUGUCGUGUAUUGUGGUUGGUGCCUUCUUAUCCAAAUUAUGACUCAAAGGAUACCCUCCCUAAAUCCAUCCUAUUUAAAGACACUCAACUGAAGCAUUAAACCCAGUUGUUUCUCUCUUCAUGAUUUGCAUUAUACCCACACCCAACCUUAUGGCAAAAACUCCCUUCCUCCCUCCUCUUAUGUUUCUGCUUUUAUUGCAACCUUUAGUGCUACUUUCUCUGCCAACAUCACCACUGAUCAAUCUGCCCUUUUAGCCUUAAAAUCCCAUAUCACUCACGAUCCCCACAACUUCCUAGCAACCAACUGGUCCACUUCUACCUCUGUUUGCAAUUGGAUUGGUGUCACCUGUGGAUCCAGACACCACAGAGUCACAGCUCUGAACUUGUCAAGUAUGGAUCUCACAGGCACCAUCCCAUCUCAGUUGGGAAAUUUAUCUUUCCUUGCCUACCUCUACAUUCAUAACAAUAGUUUUCAUGGCUCUUUACCUAUUGAGUUAACUAAUUUGCAUCGGCUGAAAUAUUUGAACUUUGGUAACAACAGCUUCAGUGGAGAAAUCCCAUCAUGGUUUGGUUCCUUCGCUAAACUUCAAGGCUUGUUCUUGUACAGGAACAACUUCACUGGUGUUAUCCCAUCCACUCUUGGCAAUUUGUCAAAACUUGAAAUGUUGAGCUUGUACAGCAACAGUCUCCAAGGUCAUCUAUCAUCAGGAAUGUUUGACAACCUUUCUAAAUUACAAGGACUCGAUUUACAUGAAAAUCAAAUUUCUGGCAGGAUUCCAAAGAGUUUAUUCAAAUGCAAAGAGUUGACGUUUUUAUCAUUGUUUUCCAACUCUUUGCAGGGAAGUAUACCUUCAGAAAUUGGGAAUUUGACUAUGCUCGACAUUCUGUAUCUUAAUCAGAACAACCUCAAAGGCCAUCUAGAGUCAGAAAUAUUUGAUAACAUGUCUAAAUUGCAAGUAUUAAGCUUGAAUGGGAAUCAAAUUUCUGGUAGCAUUCCCAGUAGUUUAUACAAGUGCAAAGAGUUGAGGUAUUUAUCACUGUGGAACAAUUCUAUGGAAGGAAGUAUACCUAUAGAAAUCGGAAAUUUGACUAUGCUCCAAUCUUUGUUUCUUGGUUACAAUAACUUCAAAGGUACAAUUCCAUCGGUUAUCAAAAAUAUAAUUUCUCUAGAAAUGAUUGAUUUUUCGGUUAACAACUUCACGGGCCAAAUUCCUUCCUCAUUAUGCAAUUUGAGUUCCCUUAUGGCUCUCGAUUUAUCGAACAAUAGGUUGGAUGGAACAAUUCAGGAAUGUGUUGGAAACUUGAGUUCUUCCCUUUUUUACCUUGACCUACGGAUGAAUAAUUUUCAUGGUAAAAUACCUGAAAAUUUUGCUGAAGGUUGCAGCUUAAAAAAUUUUCUAAUCAGCAACAACCAAGUCGAAGGGUCACUACCACGAUCUUUGGGUAAUUGUAAAGAUUUAAAGCUUCUUGAUGUUGGGAACAACUAUUUAAAUGACACUUUCCCAAAUUGGUUAGGAAUUUUGGAUCAGUUACAAGUGCUUGACUUGAGAUCGAACAGAUUCUAUGGUAAGGUGGAUAGCUCUGAUGUUACCUUCACUCGUUUGCGUGUCAUUGAUCUCUCUCGUAAUAACUUCAGUGGCUACCUACCUGUAAAUUUUUUUAAAAAUUUGCAUGCCAUUAGAGAAGAGAAUGAAAAGAAAGCUAAACCAGAGUACAUGGAAGAUGUAAUACCUGGUGGAACAAUAAAUAUUGCGCCAGGUUUAUUUUUUACAACAAAAGGAUUGGAAACAGAGUUUGAGAAACUAUUAACCAUAUGGACAGCUAUUGACUUCUCCAGCAACCAAUUCUCCGGAGAAAUUCCUAAAACAAUUGGAGAGCUUCAUUCACUAAUUGCCCUAAAUCUCUCUCAUAAUUGUUUAACAGGUCCUAUCCCAUCAUCAUUAGGUGAUUUGUCAGAACUUGAAUCAUUAGAUCUCUCAUCAAACAAGCUCCACGGAAGAAUUCCAACAGAGUUUACAAAUCUUGGAUUCCUUGAGGUGUUAAACCUUUCUCAUAAUAAUCUCGUAGGACCCAUUCCUCAUGGCAAACAAUUGGAUACUUUCAGUAAUGAUUCCUACAUAGGAAACUUGGGUUUAUGUGGAUUGCCAUUAUCAAAGAGCUGUGAUAAUGAUGAGGGAACUCCAGCCAAAUUUGAUAGAGAUGAUGAUGAAGAUGGAUUGAAUUGGAAAUUUUCUAUACUGAUGGGGUAUGGAUGUGGGUUGGUGUUGGGAUUGAGCAUGGGAUACAUUGUAUUCACAACUGGAAGACCAUGGUGGUUCAUUAAGAUCUACGUGAGAGUUCAACAAAGAUUUGCAGAAAAGGUAAAAAAUAGAACUCUUUGACGGAUUUUUAUUACAGAUCGAGCAGUGGACAGAGUAGAAAAUUUCAUUGCAUGGUGGUAGGCAGGCCCUUAUCUAUAGUUGUUUUAUAUAUAGUUUGUCUUCAAUAAUUUCCAAAUAAUUAACCCCAAAACUAUAAGUAUGGUUUCAUGUAUUGACCCUCUUUUGUUGUCUCUUUUCUUUUAUAUUG